CGAACUCGCCGAAUGGUUGGCUGGAAUUUUGACUAUUAAAUUAAAUAUUCUACUAAUUGACUCAGCACUAGUCCGUUCGUAUCCUGACGAUCCAUCGAGCUCGGUCGCAACCAAAAAUAUUUCCUUCUCCGCAUUUAUCCCUCCGCGCGCCGUUACGAGUCCAUGUUCGCACGCAGCUAUUGAACCACGAGAUACCUGCCUCAAGUCGUCGGCGAAUGGAUGCAAGCCAUUAUUAAGGAGCAUAUAUAAGCAAAAGCGCCGCGACACUACCAACACGAUGAAGGAUCCGCGCGCCAGCAAGAGAAGAAGGGUGUCGGAUGUACAGAAUACAGACGGUGAUGGAGAUACUACGAUGCGCGACGAGGUUCAACAAGCAUCUGCAUCACCGCUGGCUGAAAAGACCAAGGUCGAUUCUCUAGCGGCUGAAGAACCAGAAGCGCCUGCUACGUCGAGGUCAAAGCGACGGCGAUCUUCACAGGGCGCCGUGACGGAGGAGAACCCUGAGACGGCUGCAGAGACGCCUUCCAGGGCUGGGGUGCGGUCGAGUGGACGACAGCGCAGAGCACCACAGAGGUAUGGAGAUGAGGCUGUGGACUCGCCUUCGGGGAGACGAAACGGAACACCGGGCCAGACGGGGUCGACGAGGAGCGCUGGGAGGGUGAAAUAUGUUUCGGAUACGGAGGGGGAGGAUGAGGAAAAGGAGGAGCAGGAAAUGGAGGAAGAGGAGGAGCCGUCACCACAACCUAAGAGGCGACCGACAAGGACACGGUCGAAGAAGGCUACUGUUCGGUUUGAAACGGAUGAUGAGGGUGCGUCGAAGAAACGGGACGAGUCGCAGCAGUCUCCUACACCAGACGAUUACCAGGAUGGGUUGGAGGAUCUUGUGUCGAUGCAGCUACAACAGGAUUUGGUCAACAAUGAGCAGACGACUACGGAUCCAUCUGCUGUCAGGGGAGGACCGCUCCCCGAAUAUGCCCAACAACUCCAGUCACUGGUGGAAGAAGGAUUGACAGAGGAGCUGCGACUGCUGACAGGGAUAGUUACAGAAAAGCUGAAUGGCAAACGACGGGUGCCGCUGAAAGGGCUGGAGACGGAGUAUCACAAGGUCAACCAGCUCAUCGAGCAGACCGUCACAGUUGGAGAAGGCAACUCGAUGCUGCUUCUUGGGUCGCGCGGAUGUGGAAAGACGGCAAUCAUUGAGACCAUCAUCUCCUCGUUGGCCCAGUCGCACAAGAACGACUUCCACGUUGUCCGUCUCAAUGGCUUCCUGCACACGGACGAUCGAUUGGCUCUCCGCGAGAUGUGGCGUCAGCUGGGACGUGAGACAAACACCGAAGACGAAGCUGGCAAGGUGAGCAGCUAUGCUGAUACCAUGGCUACCCUCCUUGCUCUCCUGUCGCACCCGGAGGAGCUCUAUGGUCCGUCCAAUGAUGCGACGGCGACCGCUGCCAAGUCGAUUGUCAUUAUCCUGGACGAGUUCGACUUGUUUGUCACGCACCCCCGCCAAACCCUGCUCUACAACCUGUUUGAUAUCGCCCAGGCGCGCAAGGCUCCGAUUGCGGUGAUUGGGGUCACCACCAAGGUGGAUGUGACGGAGAUGCUGGAAAAGCGAGUCAAGAGUCGCUUCAGCCACCGAUACGUCUACGUGCCGCUACCCCGAACCUUGGAGACCUUUUCGGACAUCUGCUUCGCGGGGCUGAACCUGGACGACGGGGAAAUUCCGGAACUACUGGGCGAAGUCGAUGCCCAAGAGCAAGUCAUCCUUCAGUCCGACCGGUGGACCCGCUUACUGGACGGAUGGCGAGCUUAUCUGCAGGGCCUCUGGAUCGACGAGGCGUUCGCAUCUCACCUACGACGGAUAUACCACCAAACCAAAUCCGUGAAGGAGUUCUUCACGAGCGCGCUGAUUGGACUCAGCGACCUCCAUCACAGCGCCUACCCUCCGACCUCCGAAGGAAUGCCUUCCCUGGAGAUCCCAACGGCGAGCACAUUCACUAGUCACCUCCUGUCCUGUCCAGACCCCGCCCCUCUCCCGUUCUCCGCGUCGACCACAGCCUCCGCAAGCCCGUCGUCUCUGCCGUUAUCGCUCCUCUUAGCAGCAACCCGGCUGGCGGCGCUGUACGACCCGGGCUUGGAGACGACGCAGCCGCAAAGUGCUGCGCCUCUGGCACUAUCAUUCCCCGCAGCGUACGCCGAGUACGUGCGAUUGCUGACGACCGCCAAGACAUCUGCGUCCGUGUCGGGGGCCGCGGUCACGCCGGGACGGGUCUGGGGUCGGGACGUUGCGCGCGAAGCGUGGGAGAAGCUGGUGAGCUGGGGACUGAUCAGUCCCGUGGGGGGAGGCAGUGGCACGGCAGACGGACGGAUGUUCCGGGUGGAAAUCAGUUUCGACGAGGUGGUCGAGCUGGCCGGGACGGGAGGAUCAUUAGGACGAUGGUGGCGGGAUGGCUGAGCGUGGCUGCCUUGCCUACUGCCUAGUGACUAGGCACAUUGCUAGAGCUAGAGGACCUAGAUCAUGUCAAUCAACCUUGCGCAAAGCCUCAC